CAGAAUAUGCUGAUAUGACAUGGGAAGAAUUCGCAAAAACAAACUGGGAGCAACUCAACACUGCUCUGCUACUAAAAAGGGCAAUCACAAACUCACUGAUGUUGUCGUCCCACUCACGCAAGAUUGGAGGAAAACAGGAAUUGUGAGCCCAGUCAAGAAUAAAGGAUCUUGUGGAUCCUGCUGGACAUUCAACACCACUGGAGCUCUUGAGGCUGCUUAUGCCCAGGCUUAUGGGUCCAAUGACAUUGCUCGCAUGUAAGAACCCCGCCGCAUU